GUGUGUUGUUGAGCGAUACAAAUAUCAUCACUAGCACAGUUUCCAUGGAAGAAGUAACUUUUAAAAUUUCUUUUAUAAGCAUUAUUUUUGAACGAAUUUACAUACGUUAGCUUUUUGACACCAGCUGGAUCGUCUAGAGUAAGCAUUUUUGUAGAUUUAGUUUCCAUUUUGGCUUCAUGUUACACACAUCGCCCACAUUUUCUUAUAAGUAAAAAUCUGAAAUAUGGAUCAACUAGUAGCUGUUCUCUCGACCCACAAGGUGACAGAUAAAGGCGCUACGUCGUCUACAUCGUCUUCCUCUGCUUCGGCAGCUUCAUCUAGCACAACACUCCCGGACUUAUCCGCGUCGCGCCUCUUGAAGAGGCAGCUCAGACCCGUGAUAAUAAGAAACAAAGGUGGAGCUUCAACAUUGAAGAGAAUCAAGGUGGAGACUUUACCGAAGAGUAACAAGCUGCUGGAUGAGGAAGAAGCGAAGAAAGAGGGUCUCCCCUCCAUCGAGGCCAGUGCUGCGGACCCUACUAACAUGAACAUCUCGCAAAUAGUGAUAGCCUUGCGGAGUAUGGUGAGAGCUAGGAGCGCGCCUGGCCUGGUGUUUGAAGAUUCGGCCAGGACCAAGAUAGCCAAGCUUCAGAAAGCUGGCCCUUACGCCGCGAGGUUGGCGGUGAGCAAGAAUAUGAUGAACCUCAGAGGGGAAUCGGUCCGCGAUUCUACGUGGGACUCUUAUCUUUCG